UCUUAUAAUCAAACUACAUAUCCCUAUUAUGACUGGCAAAAACCAAUAAUAAAAAGCGAAUUUUUGUUAAAAGAGGUGAUUAUAAUAAAUUCAUUUCAUAGAGGAGUUCUAGAAAUUUGAGCGAAAUUAAAUCAAGAACAAGUUUUCUAAUCAACGCAAAAUAAAUAUGGCCGGAGCUACUUUGUUUGAAAGAGCACAAGCUCUGUCAACUGUCAACCGCGAGGAAGGCAUUUCAUUGUUGAACAAAAUCAUCAGAGAGCAAGAAGUUGCCGAAAAUGAUGAAGAACUCAUUCGCAUCAAGGAACAGGGCAUUCUGCAGCUGGGUGAACUCUACAAACAGGAGGGCAAAGCCAAGGAGCUGGCCGAUUUGAUUAAAGUUACCCGCCCCUUCCUUAGUUUGAUCAGCAAGGCAAAGGCAGCAAAGUUGGUCAGAUCUUUAGUCGAUAUGUUCCUGGAUAUGGAUGCUGGCACCGGUAUUGAGGUUCAAUUGUGUAAGGAUUGCAUUGAAUGGGCCAAACAAGAGAAACGCACCUUCCUUCGUCAGAGUUUGGAGGCCCGUUUGAUUGCCCUCUAUUUCGACACUGGCAUGUAUACAGAUGCACUGCAGUUGGGCUCUCAGCUUCUAAAAGAAUUGAAAAAAUUGGAUGAUAAAAAUCUAUUGGUGGAGGUUCAACUGCUGGAAAGUAAAACCUAUCAUGCUUUAAGUAAUCUGCCCAAAGCUCGUGCUGCUCUAACAUCUGCCCGUACCACAGCAAAUGCCAUUUAUUGUCCUCCCAAAGUACAGGCCUCAUUGGAUCUACAAUCGGGUAUUUUGCAUGCCGCCGAUGAACGUGACUUCAAGACAGCGUUUUCCUAUUUCUAUGAGGCCUUUGAAGGUUUCGAUAGUGUGGACAACAAUAAGGCUUUGACCGCUCUCAAAUAUAUGUUGUUGUGCAAAAUUAUGUUAGGCAAAUCGGAUGAUGUUAAUCAAAUUGUUAGCGGAAAAUUGGCAAUUACAUAUUCCGGACGUGAUAUAGAUGCCAUGAAAUCAGUUGCAGAGGCCUCACACAAACGUUCAUUGGCCGACUUCCAACAGGCACUGAAGGAUUACAACAAGGAAUUGGCUGAAGAUGUUAUAGUUAAGGCUCACUUGGGUACCCUCUAUGACACCAUGUUGGAACAGAAUCUGUGUCGCAUUAUUGAGCCCUAUUCUCGUGUACAAGUCUCCCAUGUAGCUGAAUGCAUUAAAUUGCCCAUGCCACAGGUUGAGAAGAAAUUGUCACAAAUGAUUUUGGAUAAGAAAUUCUUGGGCAUCUUGGAUCAGGGCGAAGGAGUUUUAAUUGUUUUCGAAGAGACUCCCACCGACAAGACAUACGAACGUGUUUUAGAGACCAUACAGAACAUGGGCAAAGUUGUUGAUACUCUCUAUCAGAAAGCCAAGAAAUUGUCAUAGACACGAAUUUAGACGCCUAUCAACCAACCAACCAGCCAGCCAGCCAGUUUCCCCCCAUUCCUGUAACGUCAAACAUUAAAGCAACAGCAACCUUUACGAAAUUUUUGUUUUCUUUUUAAGAGACAUUUAAUAUUCAUUGGAGAUUUCCAUAGUUCAAGAAAGAAACCGGCAUCAGAUACUCUUUUGUUUUUCUUCUUCUUAAUUGUUUAAUUCAAAUGGUUUUCUUCUUGGAAAUAAGUGAUGAACGAUGUUUACAUGAAAAAAAUAACAAAAACAACAAUUUUUAUAUACAACAAGCCACAACCGAAAACUACGAAUAUCGUCAAAAUAGUCUGCCUCCCCAUUUUUGAUUGGCUUAAGAUAUAAACAAUAAAUUAAUCAAUAAAAAAAAUAAAUAAUAAAAAUAUAAAACUUUAAAAAAAUAUAAA